GGGCGGGGUCUGCAGCUGCCCUUCACAGUGGAUUUAUUAUUGUUUUUAUAAAUUGCCCUACUUUUAAACCAAAAUGAGGCCAUUAUAUGUUAUUUUGGCAUUUGGGGCAGUAGCGAGCUCUGCGGCACUACUGGCGACGGUAUUAUACUUUGUUUUAUCCGCAACGUCUACCCCAUUAGAGGACUGGCAGACGGCAACAUCCAUUUAUAACUUCUCAGCCACGGAUAUUGAUGGCAACUUGGUUUCCCUUGAAAAAUACAGGGGGAAUGUUGUCAUCAUCACCAACGUUGCCUCUAAAUGAGGAAAAACCCCAGUAAACUACUCUCAGUUUACACAGUUGCACGCCAAGUACGCUGAGAGAGGUUUACGCAUCCUUGCCUUUCCCUCCAACCAGUUUGGGAACCAGGAGCCAGGCAAUGAAACUCAGAUCAAGCAGUUUGCCGAGUCCUUCAAUGCUCAGUUUGACAUGUUCAGCAAGAUCAACGUGAACGGACCCAACGCUCAUCCUCUGUGGAAGUGGCUGAAGGAACAGCCCAACGGGAAGGGCUUGUUUGGAAAUAAUAUCAAGUGGAAUUUCACCAAGUUUUUGAUCAAUAGAGAGGGGCAGGUGGUGAAGAGAUAUGGACCCUUGGAUAAUCCAAGCGUGGUAGAGAAGGAUCUUCCCAGAUACCUUUAAACCUCUAAUAGAUGACUAAUACCCAACAUACUUACAUCCAGUUGAUUUUUGCAUUUCCCCACCUUUCUCUGCCUCUUCAAGCACCAGUGAAUAUAGUUUGGGCCCACCCCAGACCAGUGACGGUCUGCUCAUCAACCCGCAUGGCGAGCAGGGCAGACCUGAUGAAAAUGGCGUGCAAACCUGCUGGGAAGGCCAUCGAGCUUAUAUUCAAAUGUUUCUAUGGAGAGAAGGACAAAGGACCCCUUAACACAUGAUCAUUAAGCGCCUUAACAUAUAGCAUUGUUUUCAUUGAAAAAUUUUAUUCCAGUUAAGUUUUUGUGUGUGACAUUUAUUGUCUGUCAUUAAAACAGAAGGUGCAAACAUUGGUAUUGCGCAAGUAACAGAUGCAUCUAGAUGCUUUGCCCUGCAUCAUUCAUGUGCACGAGCAUCUUUUCUUUUUGUAAAAUAGGAGUGAUUAAAAGGGACUUCAGGUGAAAAAAUGUGAGCAUGUCUGAAUCAGAAACUCUUUAACAAGUGAGCACUAGAGCUCGAAAUUAUUCAACAUAGUAUUUUACAGAAAUUAUAGAGAGAGCAGCUUACCCUAUGGGCUGUCCCAACAAUAGCAAUGAUGAUACAGAGAACAAAUAAAGAAUUCAGAAAAUAUUGAAUUUUGUUAGUAGCCUGGAUCAGUCAGCAGGAGAAACAAGAACAUCGUUCAACCACACAGAAAUAGGAUUACUUUUGUGCUUUCUCCUUUGUGUUUUUCCUGUAACGUUUAACAAAAUCUAAAAAUAAACAGUCUCAAAUUUAAAAAA